AUGCCGUAUAUCAUCAACACACCAGCAAACCCACGGCCGUACAUCACCAAUAAUCCGACCAUAUAUAUGGACUGUCUUACAUGGGGCUGGCACUGCGAGUCGCGGCCGUUCUCAGAUUCCUUCUGCAAGGCGGCUCGCAAGCAAGAGGAGUCGAGAUACGAGGUCGACAAGAGGGCGAAACAGCUGGAGAAGUAUUGGUCGGAGGGCGUUGCCAGGCGGGAGAAUGCCAAAAAGUCAAUGUUCAUCGCAAACCUGGGAAUCAUGAAGUCGCUCAAGCCAUUUCAAGGCUUCGGGAAACAUACAAAGCACGAUUCGGUUGUCAGCGUGGCGGUGGUGGAGCUGGAUUCAGACGUUGAGGACGUCGAGCUGAGUGAUUGA